UUAAUUAUUGUUUUAAUAGUAAUAGAAAAUUGAAAUUAUUUUUAUUUGAAAAGAAAUCAAUGAUUAAUGGAGAAGAAAUAAAGGUUCCCUUUAUAUAUUUUAUUCACUUAUUUACACAAUCCUCAAGUUUCAUGUCAUCUCUCUUUUCUUUUUCCCUUUCUAAAAACAUCAUUACACCAGAAAAGUUCUUUAAUUCCCUCUUUUAACUCUUACCGAUCUGGAACACUUAAAAGUUUCUUAAAUUCACAACAAAAUAAACCCCAAUAAAGAUUGAAUCUUUGCUAUUUAGGGUUUUCUUGCUUCAAUUUCUUCGGGAAAUUCUGUUCCUUUUGAUUCAAUUGGUUUUUUUUUUUUUGGAGUGGAAGAUGGUGAGGUUGUGAUAAAGAAUAGGACCGGGAAUUGAAGAAUUGCUGUUGAUUAGGAGGGGAAACAAUGCGGUUGUUUCCAUUGAGCUCCAGUUUGAGUUCAAGUUCAACCUCUGAUAAGGAGCAGCAGGGUAAUGGUGCCUUGUUGUAUCUAAACAUUUAUGAUCUUACUCCUGUUAAUAACUACCUUUAUUGGUUCGGCCUUGGGGUCUUCCAUUCUGGCAUUGAAGUGCAUGGUAUGGAAUUUGGCUUUGGAGCCCACGAAUACUCUAGCAGCGGGGUAUUUGAGGUGGAGCCAAAAAAUUGUCCAGGCUUCAUCUACCGGCGUUCGUUGUUACUGGGCAGCACCUGCUUAUCUCGUUCAGAAGUUCGGUCGUUCAUGGAACAUCUUUCUGCAAAAUAUCACGGGGACACUUAUCAUUUGAUUGCCAAGAAUUGCAACCAUUUUACUGAUGAAGUCUGUAUGCAACUAACUGGAAAGCCUAUUCCUGGAUGGGUAAAUCGGCUGGCUCGGGUAGUUUCAGGUUCUUUCUGUAAUUGUUUACUUCCCGAAAGCAUUCAGAUAACAGCUGUUAGACAUCUCCCCGAUCAUCCAGCAUAUUCUGAUGAUGAUGGGUUGGAAUCUAUGGGAUCAUCUAUGUCACUGGAGAGUGAAGGAGAGGAUUCAGAUCAUCAUCUGCUGACCGUGCCCAACGGUGAUGUUGCAUUUUUAAAGGAAAAACCAGUAAAGCUAGCAAGGGAACUCAUGUAGAAUUUUCCUGCAUUUCCUAUUCUUUCCAUCCUGGGGUCUUUUCUGUUGUUUCUACUUUUAGUAUAUGCUCUUUAGUGUAUCAGCGAGCACGUCUAUGGUCUAAUUAUUUGAAUCCUGUAGCAUUUGUUCUGCAGCGCCAUGAUCUGGCCUACUUCUCUCAUGCUUACAGUUUUUUCUUCUAAGUGUAUGAUUUUACUUGAGCUACUUAAGCUCGGUCCUGUAUCCAAAAUCUGUACAAGUCAUAGUACAUAACCCUUUCUGGCUUCUUGAUAGAUUUCUAUCAAAUUUGAGGAAUGUGAUUUAUUAGUAAUAUAUAAACCGUGAGUGUUCGAAUCCAA